AUGGCAUCGCCAGGACAUUUCACCAUGGCAUCACCAGGAAAUCCCUUGCAUCAGCAUGACAUCUCCAGGACAUUUUUCCCAUGGCAUCACCAGGAGAUCCCUUGCAUCAGGAUGGCAUCACCAGGACAUUUCACCAUGUCAUCACCAGGAGAUCCCUUGCACCAGGAUGGCAUCACCAGGACAUUUCAGCAUGGCAUCACCAGGAACACCCUUGCAUCAGGAUGGCAUCGCAAGGACAAUUCAGCAUGGAAUCACCAGGAACACCCUUGCAUCAGGAUGGCAUCGCAAGGACAUUUCACCAUGGCAUCACCAGGAGAUCCCUUGUAUCAGGAUGGCAUCACCAAGUCAUUGCACCUAGGCAUUACCAGGAGAUCCCUUGCAUCAGGAUGGCAUUGCCAUGACAAUUCACAGUGGCAUCACCAGGAGAUCCCUUACAUCAGGGUGGCAUUGCCAGGACAUUUCACCAUGAUAUCACCAGGAGAUCCCUUGCAUCAGGAUGGCAUCACCAGGACAUUUUACCGUGGCAUCACCAGGAGAUCCCUUGCAUCAGGAUGGUAUCUCCAGGACAUUUCACCAUGGCAUCACCAGGUCAUUCCACCUAGGCAUUACCAGGAGAUCCCUUGCAUCAGGAUUGCAUUAUCAGGACAUUCCACCUAG